AUGGCCGAGAAGGUUUACGGUCCUGUGGCUGCCCAAAUCCUCAAUGGCACUGAUGAAGGCCUCAUUAGUCUUGAGCUUCAAGAUGGCACCGUCUAUCAGGGCUACAGCUUCGGUGCAAAGAAGAGCGUGGCAGGAGAAUUGGUUUUCCAGACCGGCAUGGUGGGGUAUCCAGAGUCAAUAACAGACCCCUCAUACCGCGGCCAAAUCUUGGUCAUCACCUUUCCUCUGGUUGGCAACUAUGGUGUACCCUCUCGAGAAACCAUGGAUGAGCUCCUCAAAGAUCUGCCUGCCCAUUUCGAAGCUUCAGAAAUCCACAUUGCUGGUCUCAUUACAGCCUCCUACUCGGGCGAAGACUACUCGCACUACCUCGCAACAUCCUCACUGGGAACGUGGCUGAAGGAACAGGGUGUGCCUGCAAUAUAUGGUGUUGAUACUCGGGCUUUGACAAAGAGAAUCCGAGAGGAGGGAAGCAUGCUGGGACGACUGCUGGUCCAGAAGCAAAGUCUAACCAAUGGCCAUGCCAAUGGACUGACCAACGGAACCUCUGCAAUUACAUCUUCUGCCAGUUGGAGGUCGUAUUUCGAGACAUUGGACUGGGUGAACCCCAACUCGAAGAAUCUGGUGGCCGAUGUAUCGAUACGGAAACCAAAAUUAUAUACCCCAAGUCCCUCGAAUGCCCUCAAACACCCUUCUGGUCGACCAAUACGCGUAUUGUGUCUAGAUGUUGGUUUGAAAAACAACCAAUUGCGUUGUCUCGUGAAGCGUGGUGUGGAAGUUUUGGUCUGUCCAUGGGACUAUGACUUCCCGGGCCUUGCUGGCAAGGACUACGAUGGUCUCUUCAUUUCCAAUGGUCCAGGUGAUCCAGCUAUGAUGGAGAAGACUGUAAAUCACAUCUCAUCUGCCAUGGCGGAUAACCGAACACCCAUUUUCGGUAUCUGUUUAGGCCAUCAAUUGCUAGCAAGGGCUGCGGGUGCAACCACACUCAAGAUGAAGUUUGGAAACCGUGGACAUAACAUUCCUUGUACUAAUAUGCUGACUGGAAAAUGUCACAUUACUUCGCAAAAUCACGGUUAUGCAGUAGAUGCAAAAAGCUUACCUACCGAGUGGACCGAGCUUUUUGUCAAUGCCAAUGAUGGCAGCAAUGAAGGCAUUCGGCACUUCCACCCCGAGAGCACUCCUGGACCUCGAGAUACCGAAUUUUUGUUUGAUAUCUUCAUCCAAUCCAUCGUGGGUACACUAUCAGACAACAAGCUCCUCUCUGCUCCAGUACACUUUCCUGGUGGCGAUGCCGUUGAGAACGAGAGACUCUGUCCUCGGGUAGACGUCAAGAAAGUUAUUGUACUAGGAAGUGGAGGUCUCAGUAUCGGUCAGGCAGGAGAGUUUGACUACUCUGGAAGUCAAGCCAUCAAAGCUUUGAGAGAAGAAGGCAUCUACACCGUCUUAAUCAACCCUAACAUUGCCACCAUUCAAACAUCAAAGGGUCUAGCAGACAAAGUCUAUUUCCUCCCCGUUACGGCUGAUUUCGUCCGAAAGGUCAUUAUCCGUGAACGACCAGACGCGAUAUAUGUUACAUUCGGAGGCCAGACCGCUCUACAAGUCGGUAUCCAGCUCAAGGAUGAAUUUGAAGAGCUUGGCGUUAAGGUUCUUGGAACUCCCAUUGACACCAUCAUCACCACUGAAGAUCGAGAACUCUUUGCCCGAAGCAUGGAGUCAAUUGGCGAAAAGUGUGCCAAGUCGGCAUCAGCUAGCACUACUGAAGAAGCUAUGAGAGUCGUCAAGGACAUAGGUUUCCCUGUAAUUGUUCGUGCUGCAUACGCUUUAGGAGGUCUAGGCAGUGGAUUUGCGGAUAACGACGCUGAACUUCUCGCACUUUGCAACAAGGCUUUCGCUGCCAGUCCUCAAGUCUUGAUCGAGCGUAGUAUGAAAGGCUGGAAGGAAAUCGAGUAUGAAGUUGUUCGAGACGCUCGGGAUAAUUGUAUUACCGUUUGCAACAUGGAGAAUUUCGAUCCUCUCGGAAUCCACACUGGAGAUUCCAUCGUCGUCGCUCCUUCGCAGACCCUUUCCGACGAAGACUACAACAUGCUUCGGACAACAGCCGUAAACGUCAUUCGCCAUCUUGGUGUUGUGGGAGAAUGCAACAUUCAAUAUGCACUCAACCCCUUCUCGAAAGAAUAUUGCAUUAUCGAAGUCAACGCUCGAUUGUCUCGAUCUUCUGCCUUGGCUUCCAAAGCUACCGGGUAUCCACUGGCUUUCAUUGCCGCCAAACUUGGUCUGGGCAUUCCCCUGAACAAAAUCUCCAACUCCGUCACCAAAGUCACAUGUGCCUGUUUCGAACCGUCCCUUGAUUAUGUUGUGGUGAAGAUGCCGAGAUGGGAUCUGAAAAAAUUCGAUCGAGUCUCCACCCAGCUUGGAUCGUCGAUGAAGAGUGUAGGAGAGGUCAUGAGUAUUGGACGAACAUUUGAAGAAGCUAUCCAGAAAGCUAUUCGCGCAAUUGACUUCCACAAUCUCGGAUUCAACCACGAGACUAGAGCACUCAUGUCCAUUGACGAUGAGCUACAGACCCCGUCAGACCAACGUUUAUUUGCCAUCGCAAACGCAAUGCACUCGGGUUAUUCGGUCAACAAGAUUUGGGAAAUGACCAAGAUUGACAAAUGGUUCCUGAGCCGUCUAAAGGGUCUUAGUAACUUUGGAAAACUCAUGUCCACCUUCAAUACUGGCACUAUCUCGACCGACCUCCUUCGCCAAGCCAAGCAGCUCGGCUUUUGUGAUCGACAGCUGGCCAAUUUCUGGGGCUCGAAUGAGCAGGCUGUCAGGCUUAUGAGAAAGGAUGCCAACAUUGUUCCUGUCGUAAAGCAAAUUGAUACUGUUGCGGCAGAGUUCCCAGCAUUUACGAAUUAUUUGUAUUUGACUUACAAUGGCUCAGAGAACGACAUCUCUUUCAACGAUCACGGAGUCAUGGUACUAGGCUCUGGAGUCUACCGCAUUGGGUCUUCCGUCGAAUUUGAUUGGUGUUCCGUCCGAGCUAUCAGAACUCUUCGCGCGUCCGGCUUCAAGACAGUCAUGGUAAAUUACAAUCCCGAGACAGUUAGUACAGAUUACGACGAGGCCGAUCGACUUUACUUUGAGAACAUCAAUUUAGAAACUAUCAUGGAUAUCUAUGAGCUCGAGACAUCCAGUGGAGUUUUGAUAGCCAUGGGUGGUCAAACACCUAACAAUAUUGCUCUUCCCCUCCACCGUCUGAACGUCAAGAUUCUCGGUACCUCCCCUGAAAUGAUUGAUAACGCCGAGAACCGUUACAAGUUCUCUCGUAUGCUGGAUCGAAUCGGAGUCGAUCAGCCUACCUGGAAAGAGUUGACGAGUUUCGCGGAAGCGAAAGAGUUCUGCGAAAAGGUAUCUUACCCAGUCUUGGUUCGACCUUCAUACGUCCUAUCUGGCGCGGCUAUGAAUACCGUCUACUCCGAAGCAGAUCUUGAAGCGUAUCUGCAACAAGCCGCCGAAGUAUCUCGGGAACACCCUGUCGUUAUCACCAAAUACAUUGAAAACGCGAAGGAAAUUGAGAUGGAUGCAGUAGCUAAAGAUGGAAAAAUGGUCGGCCAUUUCAUCUCAGAGCAUGUUGAAAAUGCCGGUGUUCAUUCUGGUGAUGCUACUUUGAUUCUCCCACCUCAAGACUUGGAAGCCACCACAAUCAAAAGAAUCGAGGAAGCCACACGCAAGAUCGGUGAUGCCUUGAACGUCACUGGCCCUUACAAUAUCCAGUUCAUUGCCAAGGACAAUGACAUAAAGGUGAUUGAGUGCAACGUCCGCGCCUCUCGUUCUUUCCCGUUUGUGUCAAAGGUCAUGGGCGUUGACUUGAUCGAAAUGGCGACCAAAGCAAUCAUGGGUGUCCCAUUCCUCGAAUAUCCUCCCAUCCAGCUCGCCGAUAAUAUUGUUGGUGUCAAGGUUCCACAGUUUAGUUUCUCUCGGCUCUCCGGAGCUGACCCUGUCCUCGGUGUUGAGAUGGCUUCUACUGGUGAGGUUGCUUGCUUUGGUGCCAACAAAUACGAAGCCUACAUCAAGGCUUUGAUUUCAACGGGCUUCAAGCUACCAAACCGCAAUAUCCUCCUGUCGAUUGGAUCCUACAAGGACAAGAACGAGAUGCUGCCCUCUGUAGUCAAGUUGCAAAAGAUGGGAUACAAGAUCUUCGCCACAGCCGGGACAGCAGAUUUCUUACAGGAACACAAUGUCCCUGUCCAGUACCUUGAAAUCCUCGGCGACGGUAUGGAUGGUCAAAAGCAUGAGUAUUCUCUGACACAACAUCUUGCGAAUAACAUGAUCGAUCUUUACAUCAACCUGCCUUCUAGCAAUCGUUACAGACGACCGGCAAACUACAUGAGCAAGGGUUAUCAGACGCGAAGAAUGGCUGUCGAUUACCAGACGCCCUUAGUCACAAAUGUCAAAAAUGCAAAGAUUCUCAUCGAGGCCAUUGCUCGACAUUUCGAUCUGGAGAUUAGCAAUAUUGAUGCUCAGACGAGUCAUCGUACUGUGGUUCUUCCUGGUCUUAUCAACAUUGCUGCUUUCGUCCCUGGUAUUGCAACGAUGGGUAGCCACGACUUCCAAACCGUUACCAAGGCCUCGAUUGCUUCAGGUUUUACCAUGAUUCGGAUCAUGCCAUUGGGCAUUGAGGGUUCUGUCACGGAUGCUCGUGCGUUGAAGACAGCCCAGCUCAACAGCAAGCGCGGUGCUGGGUGUGAUUACAACUUCUCGGUUGCUGCAACUUCUGCAAAUGCAGACCAAAUCAGUCAAGUCACUGGUGAAGUUGGAUCACUCUUCAUUCCAUUCAACCAUCUAUCGGACAAUAUCAGCAAGGUUGCAGCUGUCACUGCUCACUUUGAGUCAUGGCCUGGCUUCAAACCCAUUCUUACCGAUGCCAAGAUGACCGACCUCGCCUCGGUCCUCCUGCUUGCCAGCCUUCACAGCAGAAAGAUUCACGUUACUAGCGUUACGACCAAAGAUGACAUCAAGUUAAUCUCUUUAGCCAAGGAGAAAGGAUUAAAGGUCACCUGUGAUGUAUCCGUAUACGCUCUCUUCUUGUCCCAAGAUGACUACCCCGAAGCAAAGUUCCUCCCGACCGCAGCAGACCAGAAAGCGCUCUGGGCGUACAUGAGCACCAUCGAUGUUUUUUCUGUCGGAACUAUGCCAUAUCAAUUGGCCCAAAUUGAAAAUCAGGUACCUAAUGCUGCCGCUGGUAUCGCUGACACCAUCCCCCUUCUCUUCUCGGCGGUUGCUGAUGGCCGACUAACCAUCGAUGACAUCAAAGCUCGCCUGCACGAUAAUCCAAAAGAGAUCUUUGAACUUCACGACCAAGUUGGGGCUUCAGUCGAGAUUGAGAUUGAUCGUCCAUACACAAAUGCAUCAUCUUCCGUCUGGUCUCCGCUUGUCGGUCGUGUUAUGCAUGGUGCAGUCCAGCGUGUUAUCUUCCAGGAUAAGACUGCCUGCUUGGAUGGUGAGCCAUCUCAUGAUGCUGCCGACGGGAAAGACAUGUCUUCGCAUUUGAUCGACUCGCAUCUGGUACCCACUUCACCUGCAGCGAAGGCGGUUCCUGGAUCUCCAGCCUUUGGUCCUCGACCCGACAGCUCUCAUGGAAGGCGGCUUUCGUUCCUUGGGGCUCCGGCUAUGCGGCCCGCGAAUCGAUCACGAUUUCUGGACGGCGCCUCAGCCACUAUUCAAUCCCCUUCGCGUACAUCUGCUAUUGCUGAAGACUUCGGUCCCAACCUGUAUUCUCAACCAACGUUGUCUCCUACUCUACAGCAGCUCCUCGUCCAUUCACCUUUCAAAAAUCAACAUGUCUUAUCCGUCAACCAGUUCAGUCGUCAAGAUCUGCAUCUGUUGUUCACCGUCGCACAAGAGAUGCGCCUUGGAGUUCAACGAGAGGGUGUUCUUUCAAUCUUGAAAGGUCGCUUACUUUGCACGCUGUUCUACGAGCCCUCAACUCGAACAUCUGCAUCUUUCGAUGCCGCUAUGCAACGUCUAGGUGGAAGAACUAUUGCCAUCUCUACAGAGCACUCCAGCACUCAGAAAGGAGAAACCCUUGCCGAUACUAUUCGGACUUUGGGCUGUUACGGGGACGCUGUUGUGCUUCGUCAUCCCGAUGAGAACAGCGCGCAGACUGCAGCAAAGUUCUCGCCAGUGCCAAUUAUCAACGGCGGGAAUGGUAGCAAAGAGCAUCCCACUCAGGCAUUCCUAGAUCUCUUCACCAUCCGCGAAGAAUUGGGAACUGUUAAAGGUUUGACCAUCACGUUUACUGGUGAUCUCAAAUACGGCCGUACCGUACACUCGCUCGUAAAGCUCCUGCAAUAUUACGACGUGCACAUCCAACUCGUCUCCCCAGCCGCUCUCUCACUGCCCACAGAGAUACUCAACUUGAUUAAAUCCAAGCCCGGCCAACUGCUCAUUGAAAGCACGGAAUUAACGCCUGAUAUAAUCGCACGCAGCGACGUCCUGUAUUGCACCCGCGUGCAGAAGGAACGUUUCCAGGAUAUCGAAGAGUAUGAGAGGCUGAAGGACAGCUUUAUCAUCAGCAAUGAGACUCUCCGGAGUGCUAAGAGUACCAUGGUGGUCAUGCAUCCGCUGCCGAGAAAUAAGGAGAUUGGGGAAGAGGUUGAUUUUGAUCAGAGGGCGGCGUAUUUCAGACAGAUGAGAUAUGGCUUAUAUUGCCGCAUGGCAUUAUUAGCCUUGGUUAUGGCCCCUUGA